AAGAAUUUCUGGGAAUGCAGGUGCGAAAUUUCGCCAAAGGCGGGAGAUGAUUACAUUACCCUCUGUUUCCGACCCCUCAGCCUCCUCUGCUUGAUCCUACCUUGCAGAUUUUACAGUGCUGUACGGCCCGACGGCCGCUCUCCUCUCGCCUUCACUCCCUGCUUAUCAGCCUGGAUAGAGGCAAAUUAGUGGCGACUCAGUUGCUGGGGAGGAGUGUGUGGCGUGCCUGUUCCUCGCGUCAUUUGCUUGUGCCACCCCAUCUGGGCCCACGUCUACGUGUGUGGGGCAGUGAGGGGUGUGGUCAGCCAGCCCUGCAUCCUCAGCAUUCUGAAAUUGGACAAAACUACCUGGAAAACUGGGUCUCCAUCACGUUCGACUCAGACAGCUGCUUCUUUUCAUUGCUCUUUCAUCCUCUCUCAUGUCAGGGAGAGAGAAGACCCUUUUUGGUGGUUAUUUCUGCACUGAAGUUUAUUGACUCCUGUCGUUAGGAACCUGCGACUCAGCCAUGUCAGAGAGUGUGGUGAGGAAAAUUCAGCCUUUCACGAUCGGGACCAGGCUGUCUGUCCCCACCGCACCCAAAUGCCCCGAUUUGAUGGCCGCCUUCUUACCAAGCCGGGUGCUGGACACCUGUAAGGCAGGGACCAGCACCGACCAGGUGUCCUUUGGCACCGACUGUCCUCAGGUGCACGUCGCCCAGGUGGCUGAGGAGGAGAGCGUGCAGGAGGAGGUGCCCACAGAUGAUGGCCUCAGCAGUGGAGCGCUACCACAAAGCAGUGCAUCACGGUCCAUCAAGAAGAUACACAUCUCUGGGAGCACUAAACCCACUGGGGAUGCGGACGUCCAGUCCAAGCAGUGUCCUACAGCAGAGACCUCCGGCCCUGAGGACAGCUACGAGGGAGUCUGCAGCCUCUUACCCAAGAUCACAGAGGCCAGCUGUGAGAAUAGAUCAGAUCCCCCCUUUAAGGGUCUCCUUAGGAAGAAUGCCGAUUCAGAGCCAAAGAAGAGUCAGAGUCCACCUGUCAGUGGAUUACAAUGUCUUGGUGUUAGAAUAACAUCUACCGAUCAGGGACUUUUGCUGAGAAGUCGAUCUCCCACCAGACAGCUCGAGAACAAGAAUGACUCUGUCUGCAGUAAUACAGGAGUGGGCCUUAUGCAGAAUGAUUGUUCCAUCACUCAGCGUAACACCUUCUUCAACAGAGAGGUUCUGCAGGCCGAGCAGUGGAUCGAUGGGAAGCUGCAGGAUUUGAAAGAUGGUUAUAACACCUGCUGGGCCUCUCUUCAGGACUGGGAAGAGGCAUCCCAGACCCUGCAGAGAGAUCUCAAGGACUUUGAGAAUACACUCAUACAACUCAAUCAGAUGGGGGAGCAGCUUGUGUGUGAGCAGAACCCCAACGCCGACGUGGUGAAGAAGCAGCUUGGUCAGCUCCGAGAUCACUGGCACGCCCUGAAGCAGGUGGCCACCAAGCAGGCCGUGCCAUUUAACCUGCAUCAGGCCAACAGAAAAGUGAACAACAUGGAGGUCUGGAUAAAGGAGAAGCAGGAAGAGCAGCAAACCCUGGCAGAUACUUGCAGGGAAAACACUGACAAUAUCCAGCUGACUAGAAGAAUCCUGGAUCUGGAACAGGAUGAAAAGAAUGAUCUGGCACCAAAACUGGAGAAAUAUUGGAGAACUGAGAGCAAGAACAUCACUGCCAGCAGGAGGGAUGUCAGUGAGAUGUUUUUUGAGAUCCAGUCUCGUCUGAAGGAUUACCAUGAAAGUCUUCAGCUAGCCUUGGAAGUGUCCUCAUUUUACCAGCUAGCAGAUAACAUCAUUAAUGCUAUUACCAAUAAGAGCAAAAGCAUUUCUGUGACCAAUGACCAUGGAAGCAGUGGAGAUAAAGAAAUUAGAGACAUAGCCAGUCAAAUCACGAUGCUGGAUGUGUUUGUUUCCCGCUUGUCCAGCUUCCAUCCCACCCUGGCAGCCAGGCUGACCCACAAGCAGGGCGAGGUGAAGGGCAGCUGGAGCCUCCUCCAGAGUCUCCUCAGCAGGAAGGAAGUUUCGGAUUCUCCCUCCAACGCCAAUGCUCUAACCAGAGAAGAUGCUGGUCCGCUGAGCAUGUCCAGCGAGCCUCAGGGUGGCAUGGAGAAUGAGGCCCUCAGGAUCUUGGGAAAGGAAGACAAAGAAGAACAGAACCGACUUAAAGGACAUGUGAGCGUAAUAGACCCCGGGGGUGCUUGGAAGUCAGCGAAUGACCAGGGUGCGGGGCAGUUUUCAGAAAGCUCUGCCACAUCCACAGGAAAUUUGAACAGUAAUAUGGAUGAUGUCAUGGGAAGAAGCCAGAGAGAGCCGGAAAGGGAAAAACAGAUGACCAGUCCCAAGCUGAUCCUCCCAGGAGGCACAACAUCCACAGACAAGGAAGGGCAGCGUGAAGGACAAGAGCAGCACCCAGAAAGUACCAGGAUAGAAGAGUUCUUUGUUCAGUUGGAGCUGUUGUGGGAGGAGUUACAGAAGAACCGGGAAGGCCUGGUGGGAUACCAGGAUUUGGAGAAGCUCGACCAAAAGGAAACCUGCAUGACACAGGGAGAACAUGCAAACAUGCAAAACACCGACCAUGGGAGCGAUUUGCGCCACCAACCCUGGGAAGUGUGUAGCAACAAAUACUACCCUCUGAGCCACUGUAACAUUGUCAUCGAAGCUUUGAAAGACCUGAAUGACCUGGGUUCCUGCUUGCAGUCAGUGGGCACUGCUUCAGUUCCCAGGGAUCCUGUGAGUGGGACCAAACAGGAGAAACACGUCCUUGAGGGGGAGAUGCCUUUGUGUGACUCUGAGAUGAACCAGCCACAGAGUGAAGGACACUUGUACAUGCAGCAGCUGUGGACACGGUUGCUGACAGAGGAUGAGAAGUACCACAGCACGCUGAGAACUCUAAAGCAGCAGAACCUUGAUCCAGAUCAUUCAGAUUGGCAGAUGGCCCUGGAGGAGAGCCAGGGUUUUCUUGAGAGUGGCCAUGGCAAAGUUGAGCAGACCCCUCUCGUCUGGAUCAACCGCAGCGUGUCCCAAUCCGCCAUGCUCAGCAUGGACAUCUUGGAUGCAGAGAGGGACAUGUCAAUCGACCGGGAACCGGACUGUGCCCGGCUGGAGGCACUGCAGGAGCAGCAGGACAAGCUGGAGGUGGAUUAUGAGAGCAUCAGAGAGGAGCUGGUGAAAAUAGGGGUGCUGGCCGAGCGAUCCGAGGUCACGUGUCCCACGAGGGACCAGGUCCUGGGGGAGGAGGUUAAGGCGACUCUGGAGGCCUGGGAGGAGCUGGACAGCAGCAUGGCGGAGAACCGGGGCCGUCUGCGGCAGCUGGGGCAGCUGCAGGAUUUCUUUUGCAAAUACCAAGCGAUGAUUUUGUGGCCCGAGUUCACACAGGGCCCUGUCUUCUCUGGGAACGCGGCGAGCUCUGGAGACGGAGGCACGGAGCUGCAUAUGGAGCAGAAAUCCAGGCAGUUCCAGGACCUGGCUGCUGCAGGGCAGAAGCUCAUUGAUGAGGGACAUCAUCUAACAGAGAUGCAGAUCCAGGAAACGACGCGGGAGCUCCGGACCAUGCUGGAUUGGGUCCGAGGGCACUGGAGUAACAGGAAGCAGAACUCUGAACCCGGGGGCAACACGGCUGCUCCUGUGACAUCAGAGAUAAAGCCAAUUCAGUCAGAGCCCCUGCCUACAUCAGAGAAGUCCGUGUCUUCACAUCCCUCCGGUGGCUGUCAUGUUCUUCUGGGAGCCGACAGCUGUGAUGAUGGGUUGAAUAAACCGUGUUCUGAGCCUGAGUUCAUACCUGAGCCCGCCAUCCAGGAGUCACCAAAUACAAGCCCUCUCCAGAGAGAGACGUCCAAGUCUCCUGUCUUUGUCCUGACUGAACCCGCAGCUCCCUCUCUGGGUGGCACCGUGAACUUGGUCCUCAGAUUUGGGGAGUCAGGGGGAGGCCAGCUGCAGGUGCAUGACGUCCCAGAGGAAGUGGCUGCCUCCGAACACAAGCACAGGGUGAGUGCCUAUUUGCAUGUUAAGGAGAAGCAAGCUUCAGAUCUUCUGCUUGGGACUGGCCCUCCGACCCACAUCGUUAGCAAAGCCCAGGUAUCCAUCUGCCCUUCUGCCACCACCUGCUCCCAGGAAGUAAGCAUCACACCCUUCCAAGAUACAACUAGGUGUGCUUCCAGCUCCACCUUCAGCACCUUGAAGAGCACGAGUGAGAAGAGGAAAAAGAGAUCACAAAGACACACCAUCCAGAGUAUGAUGGGAGUGGAUCCAGAAGACCUGGAUCUAGUUCACAGUUGGCCCCUCUAUAGCAGCCAUACCUGGCCACUUGAUACAUGGAAAAAGAAAAUACCAAAAGCUAGGCUUGCUAACACAGAUUGUUUGUCCUAUCUCAAAAACCCAGUCGCAAAGGAAAUUGUUACAAAGCAUAAAGGGGAUUGUUUUGGAUCAAAUGGAAAAAUCGCCAGCGACAAGAAUCAAUACAAAUAUCUCCCUCUUGGCUCAACUUUGAGCUUUGACCUUCCAAAGGACUUGGGCCACAUUCCCAGCAUUCCAGCUGUCAUCAACAUAGACCAGCCAGAGACAAAUGGCAAGAACAUCUUCAGUAACAACCUGGGCCAGAAUUUGAAUACAGACAGACACAAAGGAUUAAGCACUUUCGAAAUGUUACACUCACCAUCAGAGCACAAAAGAGAAAAAUCCAAAUCUGACAAAAUCAGCAAACAAAAGCAAAUGCCCUGCAAAAAAGACUUGUGUCAAGGUCCAGAGUCACAAAAUUGUGAUUUGAACCUUGCUUCAGGUCUACCCCCAUGUGGACCCCUACCUGAAAAAGAACACACUACCCAGGACCAUCUCUGCUGCACUUCACAGAGUGACACAUCAGACAAACUCGGUCGUCUCUCAGGCUUUAAUAGUCCGUUUGAGGAAGCAAACCAAAACAGGCACAAAUCUUUGCCCUUGGCACUCUCUAGCGCAAAGCUAAACAGUAACAGUCAAAGUACCCAUCUACAAAAUCAGGAUAACCAGUGUAACAGCAAAGCCCUUGGGCACACGUCAAACUUAUUCAAAGUGAAUCACGUAUGUCCAAGUGUUCACACCAAAAUCCGGGACCUGAACGGACAUAUAUACCAUUCGCCUGCUAUGUGGCUAAGAGGUCAGGUGGGCUGCUCAGCCACUAGCUUAACUGCUAGCUCACCUGCUUCGAUGUCGCUCAAGACGUCUACCACCAAGAAGGAGGAUUUAGCUGACUUUGGCCAACAUGUAAAGUUCACUGCUGGAAAAGUUGUAGGUGGUCCUGUUCCAAAGGAAACAGGAGAGGUAGUGGGAUCACUGGAAAGGGAAGUCACUACUGUUCGUAAAAAAGACAAUUGCAAUUCCUCUGAAUCGGGAAAUGGUGUGCUGGGCACCAUUCAUCCAGAUCAUGGACAGUUCGAAGAGGAAGAGGCGGAGCUAAAGGACAUCUGGAACCGAAUCAAUGGCUACAAAACCUGCCAGGGUGUCCAUGAAAAGCUGGCCCCCGUUCCUACCACACAGUCAAGAAAGCCCGCCCCCCCAGACCAGGACGAGCUUUGCAGGAAACCGGUUACUGUGUCCACACACAACCUCCUGGUGGCAGAGUUUAAGCUGCCAGCCUCUAUACAGAACCGUCUGGGCUACAACAAAGAGCAGAACCCAGGGCAGGGAAACCUCAGGCAGAGAGAAGAGGCAUCCUGGCAAAGUCCUCCCUUAAAAGAGCAGCAGAGACAACACACAACACUGACAAACCAGACAGCUUUCAGUCUAGGAACAUCUCCCAGUACAGACUGCCAUAAUACUUCAUGGAAGACGGAAGAAGCCAUAGGAGAAAAUAAAAUCAACAACAAUAGCUCCUCUUCAAUGAAUGAGGAGGUCCAUUCAAUGGAUGGGGUUCUGGAAAUCAUGCGUCACUCAGAGACUGCAGGAAAGGCCACCUGGACCACUUUCCACACCCUGCUGCUGAAAGAGUCGCUGUAUUUUUACCGGCACAAAAAGGACAUUCCGGAGAUCUCAGCGCCUGAGCUGACCCUUGACCUCACCGAUGCUGAGUGCAGCACUUGCCCUGAGUGCACAGAGAGAGCAAACUCUUUCUGUUUGAGGCUGGGAAAUGGGUCCAAAUACCUCCUCAGUGCCUCUUCACCGUUUUUGAUGAGGAAAUGGAUGCUGAAGAUCCAGGCUAAUUCAGCAAAAGGUCUGAAGAAAACUCAGAAUUCCCCUUCAUCAUUUGCAACGGACCUCUCCCUCUUCAUGGAACCCACCCCUAGCAGCCAAACCACAUGCCACUGCGUCCCUGGGCCCGAUGGCAUUUCCUCUUCCACUAAACACAAUGGAUCAUGCCAUGCCAGCGCCGGAGAGUUUGGUGUCUCAGCAAGCGAGAAGCCUCUGAAGCCGCAGUGGGAUUGUGGGGACAUGACGGCCCCGGCCUCACGUUCAGACGCAGGAAGCACCGUUUUAUGUGUCUCCUUCUUCAGACCAGUGCCAUUCCUCGACUGGGGAUUCGCACCCUGGGCCGGCUCACUCCUACCUCUCUUCCAGCCCAGGCUGCCCCGCCAGCUUGUGCCCGUCACACUGCUUUACCUCAGCCACCUAUCAGAAGAUCACACCUGUUGCCCCUUCCUGUGGACCGUCUGUGGGCAGUUCCAGCUACUCUGUGACUUUGCUCAUUGGAGAGCAGCCCCCAGAGGCCGCUGGCCCGGGGCUCCAGCCGCUAUGCCCCGCUGGCCAGCAGCAAGAGCCCUCCCCGGAUGCCCGUCUCCAGAGGAGCAGCACAAGUCUUCCAGGGCAACAGGAUGAAUCUGCUGUCACAUUUUUUUCUGCAAAGUAGUGAUAAUGUUGGUGUGAAUUUACCUCAUUGGGGAUGGCAGUGUUGUCUCAAAGGCUGGUUUAUGUGCCUUGGUGCAGAGCAUAUUGCAUUAGGCCUAUAUGUUUUCACAAAACCCAGUGUGGGACCAGUGCGGGCAUUUGACAGUACAUUGGGGGCUAUUGCAGCAUACUCAUUUGAAUCACCAAAUGGAAGAAUCCAUUAUUAAAAAGGACCAUUGUGUGCGUGAGCUGUACAACGUAUGGCCAAAAGUAUGGACACCAGCGUGUCAUUCCGAAACCAAGGCUAUUAAUAUGAAUUUGUCUCCCCAUUGUUGCUAUAAUAGUUUCUAUACUUCUGGGAAGGCUGUCCAUUGGAUGUUGUAACAUUGCCGGUGGGAUCUGCUGCCAUUCAGAUUGACUAUUGAUGUUGGGUGAUCAGGUCCCUUUCUGUAAGCUUGUUUGGCCAUGAACCUUUGCAACUGAACGUGCUCCCAGACGUUUUGGCCUUCUCAAUCACCUCACUUAUGGUUGACCAGGGCAACUCUAGCAGGGCAGAAAUGUGGCAAAGUGACUUAUUGGAAAGACAGCGUCCUGCGAUAGUGCCAAGUGGAACAUCGCUAGCAUCUUUUAUCCAACCACCUCUUCUGCUGCUGAAGUUGCAUGAUAUUGCAUGACUGUGUGCUUAAUUAUACAUCUGUGUCAGCAAUGGGUUUGGCUUAUUUAUGCAGUUCCUCUAAUUAAUAGGGGUGUCCACAUACUUUUAGCCAUAUAGUAUAUACUAAAAAAGACAUUCACCAUUUUCUGAUCAAAUUUAGUAUUAGUCAAAGAUUCACUAAAUACUCUUUGUUAUUGCAUUUCCUCUACGUUUGAAGAUGAUGGUAAAGAAACCAAUUUAUUCAGUAAUAUGCAUUGGUGUGGUGUGUGGUGAUAAUCUUAGAUUCUGUCAUAGAUAAAGGUUGCUAUUGAAGCUGGGUUGUCUGGUCAGCAACCAGAAAUUUGGAUGUAAUUGCCUUAACUUUGCCUUUUGUGUAUUUAACUGAAAUUCAUAUUCUAACAGGUUUAAAUUCACACAGGUUUGGGUACUUAUGUUAAAGCAGUUGGAAACUGCUUGCCCAGAAAUUUCAUGAAAUAAAAAGUAAACUUUAUUUACUGCA